AAACUCCGCCCUUCGCAGCCUGUGAUGCUCUUUAUUGUGGAGUUUUAUUAUAUCCCAAGAAUCUGGACUGCUAUACCGUGCACAAGAAAAAGAACAUAGACCAACAAAACGGGUUCCAGCAUUGGUGAAUGACGGGACUGCAUUCUAAAUUCUGGAAAUUACAGGGAUAGAGGAAUAAAGAAAGAGACAGAAGCGUAGGAGCAGCAGCGAGGAAGCAGGCUGAACACAUCAACCCGACUGCUCCCUGGAGAGCCUGUGUGGUGUGUCUGUCUGUGUGACUAAAUAAGGGAUGCGUGCAUGAGCCUGGUUCACAUUCUGGACCAUUGUAAAAUAUACAUUUUCUUUUUUAACCUGAGAGAAGGAGUACCCUCCAAAGAAGCGUAUUUUUGCAUACAAAGUGCUCUUCGUGGAGAAAGGGCUUUACAUAUUGAAAGACGACCUGGUAAUAAACCAUAAAUAUAGUUUUCAAGGGGGAAAGAAUGAUGGCUGAAUUGACACUUUAAUUGACUCCGGAAGCAGGAAUAAAAGCUAUGCGUCUGAAGCGCGAGGGCUGAUGUAAACAGACACACGCCACCAUCCCCUGGGACUGGGAAACUCUGCAACUGGGCGCUGUGACUUUCAAAAAACCUUCUCCAAGCUGUUUUGAAACAGUGCACAAUAUGGGCAUAGCUGUAAACCAGUGCAAGAGGCUGACGUCUAUGAGAAAAUGGAAAAAAUUUAAGUAAAAAACAAAACAACAACAAAAAACACGUUUGUCAAAAGGGCUCAUCGAUGUAAAUUGAUUUUUGUUUCGAUUUGGUAACUGCUAGUGGUUUCAGGAGGACCUGUAUUUUUGACAAGGGUGAUAAAUAAAAUAGUAAACCAUUUUUGCGAAGAAAAACAAAGUACAGGGACUGACCUUCCAAAAUAAAUACAUUGUUAGUAUUAAUAAGACGCUCGUGUAAAGGCAGAUGAAGCAAUAAUGACACUCUGAUGGUUACAAUGUACAGAACACCGUGGAUUUGUACAGCAAUUUGAUUUGAAAUUGUGCAGCAAUAACUGUUAACACUAAUUGCACUUGUGACAUUUAGGUGCAGGUGAAUGGUACAGCGGUAAGUGAAACGAUAACACCAAGACACUGAGAUAAUCCGUGUAUAGCGCAGAGGAUUGGCGACAACUCCUCGAUCAUUAGUUCUCAAACCGUCAAAUUGGUGCGAGGCUGAUCCCGUUGAGACUUGGGGGAUGUUGAGUGCAGCUGGUUCUGGGCGUGUGACAAAGUGAGAAUGAGAACACCGCGAUCGCAGAUCAAGCUCGGAGGCCUCUGCUGAAGCAAGUGUAUUCUUAUAUUCCAGCGUCUUUCACGUGUGGCUGACAAAAUCCUGUGACACCUGCGCUCAAUUCUAGAAUAUCAAAAAUAGGAAAUAAAUAUGAAUCUCUGUCAACACUAAAAUCUGACAACACGCAUGAUGUUUCUGAAUGAUUUUGUAGUGCUUUCUGACUAAAACAUACAUUUUCUUUGCCUUAACAAUUUUAAUUGCUGGUGAAGUUUUACAUAAAAUAUGGACAUCCUACCCAGGUGUUCGCCAAUAGAAAUGGAUUAACCCUUUCACCCCAGGAUCCUCCUGGCACGUGUAAGUGGCAGUACCCUGGAAGAGGAAGUUUAAAGCAGCGAGCAGAGAAUUGGAGGGGCUGUGGCGUGACGCUUGAGCAGGCGGCAUCACCUUCAUAAAUCAUAGCCGGGAUUAAGGCUACAGGAUGCCGGUCAGGAGAGGCCAUGUGGCGCCCCAGAACACAUUCCUGGAUACCAUCAUCAGGAAAUUUGACGGGCAAAGUCGUAAAUUCAUCAUCGCCAAUGCACGAGUCGAGAACUGCGCCAUAAUCUUCUGUAACGAUGGCUUCUGUGGCAUGUGUGGCUACACACGGGCAGAGAUCAUGCAGAAACCGUGCACCUGUGACUUCCUGUACGGGCCACAGACCAAGAAGAGAGCCAUUGCGCAGAUUGCACAGGCCCUGUUGGGUUCCGAGGAUAGAAAGGUGGAGAUUAUCUUCUACAAGAAAGACGGUGUGUGGUUCCUGUGUCAGGUAGACGUGGCCCCGGUGAAGAAUGAAGAUGGCACAGUGAUAAUGUUCAUCCUGAACUUUGAAGCCAUGACAGAGAACGAGCUGCUGCACUCUCCUGAGAGGGAUGUCAAUCACAAAGUCCCCUCUAACUGGUUCCCAGCAGGCAGGGCGCGAGGCUUCAAGCUGCGUUUUCCGAUGCUGCGCUCCCUGACAGCCAGUAAGCAGUCCCUGCCGCAGGAGGACCCAGACGCGGUGGUGGUGGACUUGUCCAAGCCUAGCAGUGAGUCUCUGGCCAUGGGGGAGCUGCUGUCCACUCCGGAGAGGAACUGCCUGGUGAGCUCCGAGCUGCAGCAGCCGGAUGACCAGCGAGUGCUCAUUGACGGGGUGCUGGAGUCCCUGAACCACUCCUGCUCCCAGCCACACCGUCUCAACCCCGACAUGUCCUUCUCCAACUACAGCCUGACCUGCAGCCGCUCCCGCGAGAGCUUCUACCGCGUGCGCCGAGCCUCCUCUGUCGACGACAUUGAGGCGCUGAAGACCGACUUUGACAAGAAAUUCUGCAAUCGCCAUGCCAGCACAGAUGGAAUGAAUCACAUCAAAAGCACCCUUCUGAACUCCACCUCGGACUCUGACCUGAUGCGCUACCACACCAUCAGCAGGAUACCGCAGAUCACCCUGAACUUCGUGGAUUUUAAGGGGGAUCCAUUCAUAGCCUCCCCGUCCACGGACAAGGAGAUCAUCGCACCGUGCAAGCUGAAGGACCGCACACACAACGUCACUGAGAAGGUCACACAGGUUUUGUCACUGGGUGCCGAUGUUCUUCCUGAGUACAAGCUGCAGGCUCCCCGGAUCCACAAGUGGACGAUCCUGCACUACAGCCCCUUCAAGGCAGUGUGGGACUGGCUGAUCCUGCUGCUGGUGAUCUACACAGCCAUCUUCACGCCCUACUCAGCGGCCUUCCUGCUCAACGACCGGGAGGAGGUGAAUCGCCGGGACUGCGGCUACUCCUGCAACCCGCUCAACGUGGUGGACCUCAUUGUGGACAUCAUGUUCAUCAUCGACAUCCUCAUCAACUUCCGCACCACCUACGUGAACUCCAACGACGAGGUGGUGAGCCAGCCCGGCCGCAUCGCGGUGCACUACUUCAAGGGCUGGUUCCUCAUCGACAUGGUGGCUGCCAUCCCCUUCGAUCUUCUCAUUUUCCGCUCCGGAUCUGAAGAGACCACCACUCUGAUUGGCCUCCUGAAGACGGCCCGGCUACUGCGAUUGGUGCGUGUGGCGCGGAAGCUGGACCGCUACUCCGAGUACGGCGCGGCAGUGCUCUUCCUGCUCAUGUGCACCUUCGCCCUCAUCGCGCACUGGCUCGCCUGCAUCUGGUACGCCAUUGGCAAUGUGGAGCGCCAGUACCUCAGCCCACGGAUAGGCUGGCUAGACUCUCUGGGAGACCAGAUUGGUAAAUUCUACAAUGAGAGUGACCCCUCUUCUGGCCCUUCCAUCAAGGACAAAUACGUGACGGCGCUCUACUUCACGUUCAGCAGCCUGACCAGCGUGGGCUUCGGGAACGUCUCCCCCAACACCAACUCUGAGAAGAUCUUCUCCAUCUGCGUCAUGCUAAUCGGCUCUCUGAUGUAUGCCAGUAUCUUUGGGAACGUCUCUGCGAUUAUCCAGCGGCUGUACUCGGGCACGGCGCGCUACCACACUCAGAUGCUGCGGGUUCGAGAGUUCAUUCGCUUCCACCAGAUCCCCAACCCACUGCGGCAGAGACUGGAGGAGUACUUCCAGCACGCCUGGUCCUACACCAAUGGCAUCGAUAUGAAUGCGGUGCUGAAGGGUUUCCCGGAGUGCCUCCAGGCAGAUAUCUGUCUGCACCUGAAUCGCAGCCUGCUGCAGAAUUGCAAAGCCUUCAAGGGAGCCACCAAGGGCUGCCUGCGAGCACUGGCCAUGAAGUUCAAGACCACGCACGCCCCCCCGGGCGACACACUGGUCCAUGCGGGCGACGUGCUCUCCGCACUCUACUUCAUCUCACGCGGCUCCAUCGAGAUCCUGCGCAGGGAAGUGGUCGUCGCCAUUCUGGGUAAGAACGACAUUUUCGGAGAGCCAAUCAACCUGUACGCUCGGCCUGGCAAGUCGAAUGCGGAAGUGCGAGCGCUGACCUACUGCGACCUUCACAAGAUCCACCGCGAGGAUGUGCUGGAGGUACUGGACAUGUACCCUGAGUUCUCAGACCACUUCUGGUCCAACCUGGAGAUCACCUUCAACCUCAGAGAUACCAACAUGAUCCCGGGAUCCCCAAGCAGCAACGACUCUGACUGCGGCUUUAACCGGCUACGGCGCCGGAAACUCUCCUUUAGGAGGCGGACCGAGAAAGAUGACGAGAAAGCUGGUGAGAUAAAGACAACCCAGAAGUCUUUGCAAAGGGGGAGAAGGGAGGGCAGGAGCAACCAGGGGGAGCGGAGGAAGGCAGAGUGGGAGGGCGCUCACAGCUCAGUCUCCUCCCCUUUGGAAUCCAGCGAUGAGGAGGGCAAGGGACCUCUGCUACAGGCCCCGCCCCCUCCCUCCACCAUCCUGGAGAUGUCCCCCACCAAGGCCACACCCACACAGCUCCACUUCGGGGACACCCCAGAGGGGGAGGGGGACCCCAAGACAGGCAACACUUGUAACGCACUCUCGGGAGCGUUCUCGGGGGUGUCAAAUAUCUUCAGUUUCUGGGGUGACAGCCGCAGCCAACAGUACCAGGAGCUGCCGAGGUGCACCGUGCCGCGACGCGCUCCUGGCAAUGCACCGACACACAGCAUCACACGGCGGCAGAGGUCAGAGGUGGAGUGCAGGCUGGAUCUGCUCCAGAAACAGCUGAACAGGUUGGAGUCCCAGAUGACAUCAGAUAUCGGUGCCAUCAUGCAGCUGCUGCAGAGGCAGAUAGUCCUGGUGCCGCCAGCCUACAGCACGGUGCUGUCUCCUCCGCAGCCGGCACCCUACCCUGACCUGGGAGAGAGUCUGGUGCAGCCUGCCCCCCCGCUGGAGUCUGAGACGCAGGCCUUGCUUUCUCAGAUUUCUGAUUCCCAGGAUUUUGAAGCGUUUCCUCUGAAGUCCUGUCACUCUCUUCUGAGCACCACAGAGCUGCUGCCGAAGGAGCUUCCAGCAGAGACGCCUCAAGCCGGGGAGGCGUGCCAGACAGCCAGCCACACCGAAGCAGACCAGGACCUAGGAGGGGCAACAUCCAGCCACGAGGGGCCACCCCAGCUCUCCAUGUCUGACCAGCACAGAGGAGACCCCUUGGACUCACUGACUCCCCAGCGGCACAGCUCGGACCCUGGAAGCUAAUGUUCACUCGAUAUAUCAUCAUGAGCUCUUUCGUGCUGUCCAACACAAGGGGCAUCUGAAUUGCUCUCUGGUGGGAACAAAUAGCCUCUAAGAGAAAACUCAAGUGUUUUAUUUUAUUUUAGGACACUUUUUAGAAAACCUGUCUCUUCUUGACAGACUUGAGAGGAAUUGAGGAGACAAAUGUGUUUCUACCUGUUUAGUAGGUAUUUCGACUGCAGUGUGCAGAGAGAAAGUCUGUUUCCGAUCUCUGGUAGAGAUGAUAUGAAACACAAGUGAACAGGCCUAUAGAUAAAAUAGCCAUUUGGUCUUGCACUGAAAUUCAGGAGAAUAUUCCUUCCUGGCCCUCACUAAGGCUAGGAAGACGCUUCCUGACUGAAACUGAACUUUUAAGAUGUUAGCUGGCCUAACAAUCAAUCACCCAUCCUUUCAGGGGAGCAUUCACAGAAUUCAUUGCUCCUGAAAGAAUAGCCAUUGGUUCUAACUGAGCAUAUCAAACUCUCGUGGGAAAACCUUGUACAGAUUGUUCAAACAAAGUCAUAUAACAGUAUGCACAGCAGUUCAGAAUAGUAAGUUAUUUUAUGUAAAUAGGAUUUUAGUUCAAUAUGCAUGUAGGCAGAGAUGCACAUUCUUUAGAGAUACAUCUGGAUCUACCACUGCACCAUUAUACAGUUUUAGCCAGUGAUAGCCAGUUAUUGUCAAUCACAUGUUACAAAAGUUGACACAGCUACCACACCUCAUAGCAAAGGCUGGCUAAUGUUGUCUUUUCUUUCAAUAGUCAGCAGUCAGCAGAUUAAAAUCCCUCCUUCAUGCUUUCAGGAAAAUUACUCUUGACAUGUUUGACACGCACAACCUGCUCCCAGUCAUCCAUGUUGCAUGAAUGAUGAAGCAAUAGGGAUGUGCACACACUCAGAUUUUAUAAGUAAUCCCCUUUAACAUUGUUUAAGUCGGCAGGUAUUAUUUGAUUCAGAAAGAAACCUGCUAAGAACGUAUUAAUUGCAAAACAUGAAAUCAUGAUUUUCCCGUAUUUUUUGCUGUCUGCACAUUAAUAAAAAACAACCAAUAAUAAUACGAUAACUUUUACUGGUAGUGAAAUUAAUAUAGAAUUAUCUAAUCGUUUGUCAGGUAGAGAGCUGGAGCAACGCAAGGUCUCUUUCAUCUGAAAAUAAGGUGUUCUACUUCAAGCAGUAUCUGAGAUUAGCUAUAAACAUUAAACCUGUCUUCUGUUGUGAAGGAACAGUCCACUUUUACAUUCUUACUUUGUGCAGACUUUUUCAACAAAUUAAUUAAUUGUAAUUAGAAUAUUAAAUCCAUGUCCUCUGUGUGCACAUCCUAGGCAUACGGUUAUCUUGCCAUUAUUAUCUUAUUGUAUGGAUAUUUGUAUAUUGCAACAUUUUGCCUUGUGCAUCCCUGGGUUGCUCUUGUAAACGAGAUGCUGCCUCGUCCUAGUUAAUAAUAUUAUCCCUGUGAUAUGGAAGGGGUGGGGGUUAUCCACUGGCAGAAAGACAGAGACAGAACUGGCACUGACACAAAGCUCAGGUGCACAGAAUUUGUGUUUUUUUUAUACUGUGACACUACCAACAAUGGUAGGACAUAGGUGGGUAUGCAAAUAUUUACAAACAGGUCAAACAAAACACUGUACAAAAAGCAACUAAAAAUAAAAGUUUGCCGUGAA